UCACAUUCAGUGUUUGAAAAUUUAAAUUUUCUCGCAUUUGUUCUUGGCCCGUUUUAUUUUGUCAUAUUCAUACCUGCCUACUUUUUUCUCGUAACCGUACCGCCCACAUUUUUGGCUUCACAACUUUCUAGUUUUUCGAGUACAAUUAUAAAUUUCGGUGCGAGCUACCUUAACAGUGAUCACAUCCUGUUUUCCCGGCUACGCGCCUUUGGGGAUAAGACUUUUGGGGACCCGACGGUUGAAACGAUUUUUGUGGACCCGACCAUUGGCGAUCCGACACCUACAUAAGUUUUUUUCUAGACUUUAAACUUUUCAACUUCGGGUCCCUAAUUGUCGUGUCCCCAAAUGUCUUUUCCACAAAUAUCGCGCCACGGUUUUUCCCAUUUAUUACAGUUUAGGCAUUUUGUAUUUUAGGCAUUUUGUACAUGGAUUUUAAAAUUAUGAUAAAAAAAUUUUCUUUUAAAUUAAAAAAUUUUAUACAUUUCUAGAUUUUAAAAUUUUUUAUUAAAUUAACUAAAAUGUUUUUCUCCCCAAAAUUAAACUCUAAAGCAAAAAAUGUUUAUGAUGUAGCCAUUGUUGGUGGGGGAAUUGUUGGGUGUGCUACUGCUGCCCACCAAAGCGGUCACAACAGCGGUGUUCUACAUUCGGGCAUUUAUUAUGUCCCCGGUAGCCUUAAAGCACGCCUAUGUGUCAAAGGCAUCGACAUGGCUUAUAAAUUUUGUGAUGAAAAAUCGAUUCCCUACAAAAAAUGUGGAAAGUUGAUUGUUGCUUUGAAUGAGGGGGAAAUUGUUGGACUUGAGAAUCUUUUCGAUCGUUCACAAAAAAAUAAUUGUCGGGAUAUUUCUGUUGUAGAUGCUGCCAGGAUACGAGAAAUUGAGCCUCAUUGUCAGGGUAUAAAAGCCAUCUGGUCUCCCCAUACAGGAAUUGUUGAUUGGGCCGUAGUCACUUUAAAAAUGGCAGAAGAUUUUAAACAAAUGGGCGGGGAUAUUGAACUUGGAUGGACUUUAAAUAAAAUUGUUGAAUCGAAUAAUCCACAGACUCCAAUUAAAUUAAUUGAUUCUAAAGGAAAGGAGGUUUUUAAAUUUUUGAAUUUUUUGGGGGGAAAAUUUAGUAAGGAAUAUUUCUGA